GCAUUAACGAGCGACAGACAUCAGGUGUGUAGGUUGGUGAGGCCAUUAUACUACCCACCAAGAUGGUGGCCUUGUCACUAAAGAUAUGUGUACGUCAGUGCAAUGUGGUGAAGACGAUGCAGUUUGAGCCAUCCACGCCUGUGUAUGACGCCUGCAGAAUCAUCAGAGAGAGAGUACCGGAAGCCCAGACAGGACAAGCCUCAGAUUAUGGCCUCUUCCUGUCUGACGAUGAUCCCAGGAAAGGAAUCUGGCUCGAGUCUGGAAGAACCCUGGAUUACUACAUGCUGCGAAAUGGAGACGUCUUGGAGUAUAAGAAGAAACAAAGGCCGCAAAAGAUCAAAAUGCUGGAUGGUGCCAUUAAAACCAUCAUGGUGGAUGACUCAAAAACAGUCGGGGAGCUGCUCGUCACCAUAUGCAGUAGAAUAGGAAUCACCAACUAUGAGGAGUACUCCCUCAUUCAAGAGGUGGCGGAGGACAAGAAGGAGGAUGGGAUGGGGACGCUGAAGAAAGACAGAACGCUGCUGCUACGAGACGAGAGGAAGAUGGAAAAGCUCAAAGCCAAACUCCACACAGAUGAUGACUUGAACUGGCUGGACCACAGCAGAACAUUCAGAGAGCAAGGAGUGGAGGAGAGCGAGACUCUGCUGCUCAGGCGCAAGUUCUUCUAUUCGGACCAGAAUGUGGACUCACGGGACCCUGUCCAGCUAAACCUGCUCUAUGUUCAGGCUAGGGAUGAUAUAUUGAAUGGAUCCCACCCUGUCUCCUUUGAUAAAGCUUGCGAGUUCGCAGGAAUCCAGGCUCAGAUCCAGUUCGGACCCCACGUGGAGCACAAGCACAAGCCCGGAUUCCUGGACCUGAAGGAGUUCCUACCUAAAGAGUACAUCAAGCAGAGAGGGUCCGAGAAGAAAAUAUUCCAAGAACAUAAGAACUGCGGAGAGAUGACGGAGAUUGAGGCAAAAGUGAAGUAUGUGAAGCUCGCCAGGUCCCUGCAGACGUACGGAGUGUCCUUCUUCCUGGUGAAAGAAAAGAUGAAGGGUAAAAAUAAGCUGGUGCCGAGGCUGCUGGGGAUAACCAAAGAGUCGGUGAUGCGAGUGGAUGAGAAGACGAAGGAUGUGGUGCAGGAGUGGCCUCUGACAACAGUCAAGAGAUGGGCUGCCUCCCCCAAGAGCUUCACCCUGGAUUUUGGAGAGUACCAGGAGAGUUACUACUCUGUCCAGACCACAGAGGGAGAGCAGAUAUCCCAACUUAUUGCUGGAUACAUUGACAUCAUACUUAAAAAGAAGCAGAGUAAAGAUCGUUUUGGCCUUGAGGGAGAUGAGGAAUCCACCAUGCUGGAAGAAUCUGUUUCCCCCAAGAAGUCCACAAUUUUGCAGCAGCAGUUCAAUCGGGUGGGUCGUGUGGAGCACGGCUCAGUAGCACUUCCUGGUAUAAUUCGGUCAGGAUCCAUCGGCGGCCCCGACACCUUUAAUAUGGGGGUUAUGCCCUCUGCCCAGCAGCAAAUCACCACAGGGCAGAUGCACAGAGGACACAUGCCCCCUCUGAGUCUGGCGCAGCAGGCCCUGAUGGGGACCAUCAACAGCAGUAUGCAGGCUGUGCAGCAGGCCCAAGCUGACCUGGGACAUGUUGAUAAUCUUCCUCCACUGGGCCAUGACUUGGCGUCCAGGGUUUGGGUUCAGAACAAAGUGGAUGAAUCCAAACACGAAAUCCACUCUCAGGUUGAUGCUAUCACCGCUGGAACAGCAUCUGUGGUCAAUCUCACAGCAGGUGAGCCCACAGAAACUGACUACACAGCAGUGGGCUGUGCCAUCACCACCAUCUCCUCCAAUCUCACGGAGAUGUCCAAGGGUGUCAAGCUGCUCGCUGCGUUAUUGGACGAUGAGGUGGGCAGUGGACACAAGCUCAUGGGUGCCGCCAGAAUGCUGGCAGGAGCUGUAUCGGAUCUGCUGAGAUCUGUUGAGCCUGCAGCCGCUGAGCCCAGACAGACGGUGCUGACUGCGGCAGGAAGCAUUGGACAGGCCAGCGGGGACCUGCUCCGUCACAUGGGGGAGGGCGAGACCGAUGAGAAGUUCCAGGACACCCUGAUGAAUCUGGCCAAAGCAGUGGCCAAUGCAGCUGCUAUGUUAGUCCUGAAGGCCAAGAACGUGGCCCAGGUGGCCGAGGACACCAUAUUGCAGAACCGGGUGAUCGCAGCUGCCACUCAGUGUGCCCUGUCCACCUCACAGCUGGUAGCCUGCACCAAGGUGGUGAGCCCAACCAUCAGCUCCCCAGUGUGUCAGGAGCAGCUUGUCGAGGCCGGGAAGCUGGUGGACCGUUCGGUGGAAACCUGCGUCAAAGCUUGCCGCUCGGCCAGCGACGACGGCGAGCUGCUGAAGCAAGUCGGGGCAGCAGCUGGUGUGGUGAGCCAGGCCCUCAGUGACCUGCUGCAGCAUGUCCGCCACUACGCCAGCUGUGGAGAGCCCAUCGGACGCUAUGACCAGGCCACGGACACAAUCAUGAACGUGACAGAGAACAUUUUCACUUCCAUGGGUGAUGCUGGUGAGAUGGUGCGUCAGGCCAGGGUGUUGGCCCAAGCCACCUCUGACCUGGUCACUGCCAUGAGAUCUGAUGCGGAGGCGGAAGUGGAUGUUGACAACUCCAAGAAACUUCUGGCUGCAGCCAAACUCCUGGCUGAUGCCACAGCUCGGAUGGUGGAGGCUGCGAAGGGGGCGGCUGCCUACCCAGAGAAUGAGGACCAGCAGCAGAGGCUCAGAGAGGCAGCUGAGGGCCUCCGUGUUGCCACUAAUGCUGCAGCUCAGAAUGCAAUAAAGAAAAAACUGGUCAACAGGCUGGAGAUAGCUGCAAAGCAGGCGGCGGCUGCUGCUACUCAGACCAUCGCAGCUGCCCAAAAUGCUGCAGCUUCCAACAAGAACACUGUCUCACACCAACAGCUAGUACACAGCUGCAAAGCAGUAGCAGAUACCAUUCCCCAGUUGGUGCAGGGCAUGAGGAGCAGCCAGGCCCAGCCUGAGGAGCUGGGGGCCCAGCUCACCCUCAUCAUGGCCAGCCAGAGCUUCUUACAGCCUGGAAGUAAGAUGGUGACGUCUGCAAAGUCAGCAGUUCCGACGGUGGCUGACCAGGCUGCUGCUAUGCAACUUGGCCAGUGUGCCAAGAACCUGGCUACCUGCCUGGCAGAGCUCAGGACUGCCACCCAGAAGGCCCAUGAAGCAUGUGGCCCUCUGGAGAUCGACUCAGCCCUCAAAACAGUGCAGACCCUCAAGAGUGAGCUUCAGGAUGCCAAGAUGUCUGUCAUUGAAGGCCAACUCAAGCCUCUUCCUGGGGAAACGCUGGAGAAGUGUGCUCAGGAUUUGGGAAGUACAUCUAAGGCUGUGGGCUCCUCCAUGGCCCAGCUGCUAACAUGUGCUGCACAAGGCAAUGAACAUUAUACAGGUGUGGCUGCCAGAGAAACAGCACAGGCUUUGAGGACAUUGGCCCAAGCAGCCAGAGGCGUGGCAGCCAGCACCAAGGAGCCGCAGGCUGCGGCCGCAAUGCUCGACUCAGCCCAGUGUGUCAUGGAGGGCUCGGCCAUGUUGAUCCAUGAGGCCCAUCAGGCCCUGGUUCAUCCUGGAGAUGCUGAGAGUCAGCAGAGACUGGCACAGGUGGCCAAAGCAGUGUCACACUCCCUGAAUAAUUGUGUGAAUUGCCUGCCAGGCCAGAAGGAUGUUGACAUGGCCCUCAGGAGCAUUGGAGAGGCCAGCAAGAAGCUGCUGGUGGACAUUCUCCCUCCCUGCAGUAAGACAUUCCAGGAGGCCCAGACUGAUCUGAACCACACGGCAGCUGAACUCAACCACUCUGCAGGCGAGGUCGUCCACUCCUCUCGUGGAACAAGCAGCCAGCUGGCUGCGGCCUCGGGGAAGUUCAGCCAAGACUUUGAUGAGUUCCUGGAUGCCGGCAUUGAGAUGGCAGGACACACCCAAAGCAAGGAUGACCAGAUCCAAGUAAUUGGUAAUCUGAAGAACAUCUCCAUGGCGUCCAGUAAGCUGCUGCUGGCUGCCAAGUCUCUCUCUGUGGAUCCAGGUGCAGCCAAUGCUAAGAAUCUUCUAGCUGUGGCAGCAAGGGCGGUGACAGAGAGUAUUAACCAGCUGAUCACGCUCUGUACUCAGCAAGCAGCAGGACAAAAGGAGUGUGACAACGCCUUGAGGGAGUUGGAGGCGGUCAGAGGGCUCCUAGAUAAUCCCAACGAGCCUGUCAAUGAACUUUCCUACUUUGACUGCAUUGAGAGUGUCAUGGAAAACUCAAAGGUCCUCGGAGAGUCAAUGGCAGGCAUUUCUCAGCACUGUAAGACAGGUGAUGUAGUAGCCUUCGGGGAGAGCGUGGGCGUGGCGUCCAAAGCACUGUGUGGGCUGACGGAGGCUGCAGGACAGGCGUCUUAUCUUGUAGGUGUGUCUGAUCCCAAUAGUCAGUCAGGCCACGAGGGGCUGGUGGAUCCCAUCCAGUUUGCAAGAGCCCACCAGGCUAUACAGAUGGCUUGUCAGAACUUAGUGGACCCAGCCAGCAGCCCCUCACAGGUCUUGUCCGCAGCAACAAUUGUAGCAAAACACACCUCAGCUCUCUGUAACGCCUGCCGCCUGGCUUCCUCUAAGACCUCCAACCCUGUGGCUAGGAGACAGUUUGUGCAGUCAGCCAAAGAGGUGGCCAACACCACAGCCAACCUCGUCAAAACCAUCAAGGUCAACUCCCCAACUGAUCAAAACGCCUUAGAUGGGGAUUUUUCUGAGGAGAACAGAAACAGGUGCCGUGUUGCUACAACCCCUCUCCUUGAGGCUGUAGAAAACCUCUCAACCUUUGCCAGCAACCCUGAGUUUGCGAGCAUCCCGGCUCAGAUCAGCAAUGAGGGCUCAGCAGCACAGGAGCCUAUUGUGUAUUCAGCCCGUUCCAUGCUCGAUAGCUCCACUUACCUUUUAGAAACGGCCCGCUCACUGGUCCUCAACCCCAAAGAUCCUCCCACCUGGUCCAUACUAGCUGGCCACUCCAGGACGGUUUCUGACUCCAUCAAGAGCCUCAUCACCUCCAUUAGGGACAAGGCACCAGGACAGAGGGAGUGUGAUUACUCCAUUGAUAACAUCAAUAAGUGUAUCCGGGACAUUGAGCAAGCUUCCCUAGCCGCUGUUGGUCAGACUCUGCCCUGCAGAGAUGAUAUCUCCAUGGAAGCGCUCCAGGAGCAGCUGACAUCCUCUGUGCAGGAGAUUGGGCAUCUGAUUGAUCCUGUCUCCACCGCAGCCCGAGGCGAAGCUGCCCAACUAGGACACAAGGUGACCCAGCUGGCCAGUUACUUCGAUCCCCUCAUUGUGGCAUCGGUUGGCCUGGCCUCGAAGCUCCACGACCACCAGCAGCAGAUGACCAUCCUGGACCAGACCAAGACCCUGUCUGAGUCUGCCUUACAGAUGCUCUAUGCUGCCAAGGAAGGCGGAGGAAAUCCAAAGGCGUCCCACACCCACGAUGCCAUCUCUGAAGCAGCCCAGCUCAUGAAGGAAGCAGUGGACGACAUUAUGGUGACUUUGAAUGAGGCGGCCAGUGAGGGAGGCAUGGUCGGGGGCAUGGUGGAGUCCAUCGCUGAGGCCAUGGGCCGGCUGGAUGAAGGAACACCCCCUGAACCUGAGGGCUCCUUUGUGGACUACCAGACCACCAUGGUAAAGUUCUCCAAGGCCAUCGCCAUCACUGCACAGGAGAUGAUGACCAAGUCGGUAACUUGCCCUGAAGAGCUCGGUGGCCUUGCCUCUCAGGUGACAGUGGACUAUGGACAGCUUUCACACCAAGGACGCCUUGCCGCAGCCACCGCAGAGCCAGAGGAGGUCGGUUUCCAGAUAAAGUCACGGGUGCAAGAGCUGGGCCAUGGCUGUAUCUACCUGGUCCAGAAGGCUGGAGCCCUGCAGCUCAGCCCCACUGACAGCUUCUCCAAAAGGGAGCUCAUCGAGUGUGCCCGCGCAGUCACAGAGAAGGUGUCCUUGGUCCUGUCAGCACUACAGGCGGGGAACAAAGGCACCCAGGCCUGUAUCACAGCAGCCAGCGCUGUUUCUGGCAUCAUCGCUGACCUGGACACCACCAUCAUGUUCGCCUCAGCUGGAACACUGAACCCUGAGAAUGAAGAGUCUUUUGCUGACCACAGGGAGAGCAUCUUGAAGACAGCCAAGGCGCUGGUGGAGGACACCAAGCUGCUGGUCGCUGGAGCCGCGUCCAGCCAGGAGAGACUGGCGCAGGCUGCCCAGUCCUCAGCCAAGACCAUCACCCAGCUCACUGAGGUGGUCAAACUAGGAGCCACCAGCAUGGGCUCUGAGGACCCCGAGACACAGGUGGUUCUGAUAAAUGCGGUGCGUGAUGUGGCCAAGGCUCUGGCCGAACUCAUCGGUGCCACCAAAUGUGCCGCAGGGAAGCCGGCUGACGACCCGUCCAUGUAUCAGCUGAAGAGCGCUGCCAAGGUCAUGGUGACCAACGUGACGUCUCUUCUAAAAACAGUGAAGGCAGUGGAGGAUGAAGCCACUCGCGGGACGAGGGCACUGGAGGCCACCAUUGAGUGCAUCAAGCAGGAGCUGACAGUGUUCCAGUCCAAGGACAUCCCAGACAAGCCCACCACGCCCGAGGAGUUCAUCCGCAUGACAAAGGGCAUCACCAUAGCAACGGCCAAGGCAGUGGCUGCAGGCAACUCUGCCCAGCAGGAGGACGUGAUCGCCACUGCCAACCUGAGCCGCAAAGCCAUCUCCGAUAUGCUGACUACCUGCAAGCAAGCAGCGCACCACCAAGAAGUGGGGGAGGAACUGAGGGUGAGGGCCCUGCAGUACGGCUAUGAGUGCACCAGUGGAUACAUCAACCUUCUGGAGCAAGUGCUGCAGGUGUUGCAGAGACCCACGCCGGAGCAGAAGCAGCAGCUGGCCGUACACUCGAAGCAUGUGGCGGCGUGUGUGACAGAGCUCGUCCAGACAGCUGAGGCCAUGAAAGGAUCAGAGUGUGUGGACCCCGAGGACCCAACUGUCAUCGCUGAGACUGAGCUCCUUGGAGCAGCAGCGUCCAUUGAAGCUGCAGCCAAGAAACUAGAGCAGCUGAAACCCAGGGCCAAGCCCAAGCAGGCAGAUGAGACACUGGAUUUUGAGGAGCAGAUCUUAGAGGCCGCAAAGUCCAUCGCUGCAGCAACUAGUGCUCUUGUUAAAUCUGCAUCGGCAGCUCAGAGAGAACUAGUGGCACAAGGAAAGGUGGGAUCCAAUCUCGCCAAUGCAGUGGAUGACGGCCAGUGGUCACAGGGUCUCAUAUCAGCGGCGCGUAUGGUAGCAGCAGCCACCAGUAACCUGUGUGAGGCGGCUAACGCCUCAGUUCAGGGUCACGCCAGCGAGGAGAAGCUCAUCUCUUCAGCCAAACAGGUCGCGGCUUCCACAGCUCAGCUGCUGGUGGCCUGCAAGGUGAAGGCAGACCAGGAUUCUGAAGCCAUGAGGAGACUACAGGCUGCCGGCAAUGCGGUGAAGCGAGCGUCAGACAACCUGGUGAAGGCGGCUCAGAAAGCAGCGUUUGACAAGAAUGAAGAUGAUAGUGUGGUGGUAAAGACCAAAUUUGUUGGAGGCAUAGCUCAGAUCAUUGCAGCUCAGGAGGAGAUGCUGAGGAAGGAGCGGGAGCUGGAGGAAGCCCGCAAGAAGCUGGCUCAGAUCCGACAGCAGCAGUACAAGUUCCUGCCCAGCGAGUUGAGGGAGGAUGAGGGCUGAUUGGCUGAGCGGGGAGGAUGUGUGCUGCGCUGAUGAGACCCUCUUGUCAUGGGAUGAUGUUGCCGAUGGCUGCUUUACUCUCAUAUAACCGAGGAAUAUACAGCACUUGAAACAGGCCUGUUUGGUGAGAAAAAACAAGUGCCUGUGCUCUGUAGUGUAUUUGUAUGUGUGUAUGUGUGUGCAUCACGUGCGUAUGUAUUUCUCAGUGAAUGACAUUGACAUUCAAUAAGGAGAAAGCUGUUACAGUUGUCAAUAUAAGCAAGUCGAGACAGUAUGAUAAAGUUGUAUGAUAAAUGUAUCAUUGCUUUGUGGGUGUUACUGCAUCAUGAGCAUUACUGACUGUUACAAUCAUGAAAUGAAGAUGUUAUGAAUGCAGAAAUCCUCUAUAAUCUUUGAAUGUUCUAUACUUGUUGAAGGUUCAGAGCAAAUAGGAAUGAACUGAUGAUAUCUCUGCAACUGGCAGAACAAACCUAAGGGUCCAUAGCUUCUAUUCUAUAUGUAAAAAACCUCUAAUGGUUUAGAAAAAGGCAGGAGGGGAGGGGGGGUACCUCAUUUCACCACUGGCUUGCAUGCACCAUAAUGUCUAUACAUAUCAAUGAAGCUACUAACCAAUAGAGUAGUAUAGAGUCAAAAGGCACUUGUAUUUUACUAAUAAAAAUGUGAAAUUAGGGUUUGCUGUUAAUCUAGUAAACCUUUGGAAAUCAAGGAUUCUGAUUAAACUAACUUGUUCAGCGUCACACCAAACAAUGAGGGGUUGUGAUUGGUUUAAAUGACAAGUAAAAAGACAAAACAAAAAAACAGACCACUGGCCAACAAUAGCUAUAAAUAUAUUUAUUCUUGACUAAUUUUUCUAAAGAGCAAGUAGUUCUUUAAGAUGCGGACAGUUGUAAUCUGUGUUCUUUAUCAGAAUUUGGACUGUAUGUGACCAAAUAUGUCAUGCUCCUCUUACAUCAUGCCACUUCCUGUAACCCCCACAUACACAGAGCUGUGUAAGGAAUAUAUGUUUACAUUAUUUGUCAUUGUUUGUUCUCUCUUGUCUUCAUGUUUUAAUUCCUCUCCCAUUACCACUGUCCAGGUUUGGUUUCGGUGCCCGCUGUACUGUACACUUGCACAUACACAUACACACACAAACACACUCACAUACAGUUAUUUUCCACUAGUCACUGCCCUGUCCUGGUAAAGGCAUUUUCACUUUAGACUGAAUGUCUAUAGCAAUACAUUACGCAGAAGAUGAUAAUAAUAAUGAGAGCCUGUGCUGUUAUUGGAUGGAAGAUUGGAUGUGUGCAAUGAUAUUUGGCUUUGGGCUCUUGAAUGGAACAAGCAGACAUUCUGCACUGAAGUUGCUCAUAAACCUACGCACUGAAGAAGGCAAUUUAAAGCUUCCAUUAUAUUUAAUGUGGGACAUUCUCCUAACAAACUAGAAGGAAAUGGCUUCAAGCUCUGAUUGAGGAAACUGAUUCAAUGAUUUUUUUUUUUUUUUUUUUUCAUUUCUUGAGUAUAUUAAUGUAUAAUAUAUUGGAAAUUUUAAGCAGUUCAUCUCAGUCUAUCCAUGCCAGUGUCUGGUCUGCAUUGUGUACUAGUGCCUUACUUGAGUCUGCCCUGUGAGCAGCUGAAGAUCAGGCUGGGUGGGAGCCUGAGCCUUUUCCUCUCUGGAUCAGAACAUUAUGCCAGUCUAAUGCCCAUCGGGGUCUUAAUAAACUGACACCUAGUCCUUUGCCAUACAGUACAAUGCCUUGGCUGGUGACCUACCUGCCUACAACGUUAUAAUGCUGAUACAAAAGGGCAUCUGUGGAUACCUUAGGAUUAAGAGACCAUAUCGGAAGACUAACACUAGACUGCAUUCCAUGAGCAUGUGGCAAUUUGUGUUUGAAGUCAAGAAAUUGUUGAAAUUCAUUACGCCAAGUCCCUCUUAAAUGUUGGACCGAAUAACUUCCUUGUUUCAUUGUCUAAUCACUAUAAAAAAAAAAUAAGUUUUUAUCAGUAAAUGUCAGAAUUACCCUGAAAUAUAUUGUCUAACUGAUUUGUCUAAGUAUUAACGGAAAUAGAAAAAGUUACUAGCUCUGUUAUGAAUCGGUGUUGUGCUUUCUUUAACAGACUGCAUUAGUUUUAUGAUUUGAUGCUGUAUGUAUAAUAUUUAUCUGGUCACAAAAGUAUUUUUUGUAUUCACAAAAAAAUAAAAGAGUUUC